CACUGGUAGAGCUGGUAAACCACUGAGCAGUCCAUCGUCUUCGAGCCAGCCCAGAUACCUCAAAUGUGAUACCACGCUCACAUGAACACGGCCAUCACCAGAUGGCCGCACAGGGUUCUGGCAAUCAUGGCAUUCAUCACGACCACAACCACAAUCACAUACACUACACGAUACGCACUUUUGCAUGCUCACUCUAACUUGCCGUAUCCCCGUGUUUCAUCACGCUCCAUCAUGCAUAGCGCUGCCAGCUGAAUCGUGAGCGGACGUCUAAGCCACGCUCACGCUGACGGCAGCCACUAGCAGCUCCGCGCCCUCGUCCUCCAAAACGCCCUUCGACUGGUGCCUGAUCCUCGAACCUUUGGGAACAUCUGUCCCAUAACCCGCCAAACUUCGCUCUCUUUGCGGGCCGGCGUUCUCGUGCGCUGUUCGAAAUUUUGCUUUGUUGAAAUCGUGUUCCUCGUUCUUUUCGAUAUGCGUUCCUUCAAGUCCAAAGUGCUGGCAGCGUGCGCGUGGGCGGCACCUGCAUUCUCCGCCGUCAUACCUCAACACGAACGUCAAGUUACUCGCCCGGACGGAAACCUCUUGCAGCUAGACCUUCAACAAAACUACGCGCAAGCUACCUUCAGUGUCCCCUGCACUGGAUGUCUUGGCCACGAUCACACGGGCCAGGAUGACGAGUCUUUGAUCUUGAGCUUCGCAAGUCAUGCCCAGGAUCAAGCUUGUGGUUCUUCCAACAUUACUCUAAACGGAGUUUAUCUUCCCCAAGAGUGGAACGGUGACUUCGCAUCUGGCUCCGGAUCCUACCAAGGCCUCACCGAUCUCACACAGAAUGAAUGGUUUCUGCAGCGCGAUUUGGAUCUCGAAUGGGAGACGGCUUGUCUUCACGCCACUGAGGAAACGGAAGCUGCCCAGGUAGUGACGGUCAACAUCAAGGCCAUCGACGGCAAGGCCAUCGACAGACCUUCCGGUUUUACAAUCUCCUUCAAGCAGCAAACAUCACCCCCUUCCCUACUCAGACUUGAGGCUAUUCCCAACCCCUCAGCGAGCAACAAGGACGUAGCUGAAUCCUGGCGUGAACCCCCUCAAUCUCUGCGUCUCGCCCUGUCCACCACCAACCAAACUUCCAAAGGAGAGGACAAGGCCCAGUCACUUGAAGACAAAAUCCGCGAGUUGAAAGCCCUUGAGAUAGAACUUGAGGCAAUUCAGUCUCUCAUCGCCGAAAAGAAGAAGCAGAUUCAUUCGCACUUUCGGCAAGAAGCGCAGGAAUUGUCGCACGAGUUGAGUGAAUGUGACGGUAUCUCGUGCAUCGUCAAGACUAUUGCCCACAAAGCUCACGGCGCUUGGAAAAUUGUGUCUUUUCACUUCAAGCCCGGCCACCAAUCGAAAGACAUGGGUAGUUCUGAGGAAAUGUUUGCGCAAGCACAUGGUCAUGCUGCACAGGUAGCACAGAUGUCUGGAGACCACCUGAAGGUUGGAUCGCCAACGCCCCACGUAUACGAGGCGAAAGCGAAUGAACUUCCACCCCGGCCAUCCAAGACAUCUCCCUACCUUCUCGCUCUCGAGAUCACUCUGGGUGUUCUGUGCUGUGGCUGCCUCGUCGCCGUAAUCCGGCACAAGUGUAGCAGCCUGAGAACAAGGACUGAGCGCGCCGCCGCUCGAGAAGAACGCCUCAACGCUCGCGCUUAUCGCCGGGCAGCUCGACAACACGCAUGGCGCAGCUGGUGGCGCGGCAACUGGGCUCGACGAGACAACCAGCGUAUCGCGGACUACGAGGAGAAACGCGCGCUGAUCUCAGAACAGGAGAGUGUGCUGGAGGACGCGAUGCAGGAAGAGAUUAGGCAGUUGAGGGCCGCGCAUGACGUGGUGAAUGAUCUCGUAAGAGAUGCUGAAGAAGGACGGGCCAUCAAUCGCACACCCUGCGAUUGUCAACGCCAACAGUCGCGGGCACCAUACUCGCCCCUCUCCACAGCAUCGACCUACCCACCUACCUCAUUACCCGAGAUUCCCUCUAGGCCGCUUUCCCGAACAGAGAGCCUACCAAGCUAUCGCUCAGGCACGCCCACAGAGCCCCCGAGUUACGAUUCGGAUCUCGAGGCGUCAGACGUCGUAGCCAACGGCUUCAGGCACUACGCGACUGCGUCUACCACGUCCGAACGAAGCUCGCAUUGGACACCUGACAGCAGUGUCGUUGAUGUAAGCCCCAGGCCGAGCGCGGAAACGCUCAGGUACCCAGUGAGCAUAUUGACCCUUGACGAAGAGUCUGAUGCUGAUUGAGGAUGUAAAUCCUCAUAAACGCAAAUGCACACCAACCCGUCUUUGGCAAUUCAUACCCGGUACCUACCAAAUGGAAGUUUUGAUCCUGUCGGCAGACAUAUUUCCUUGGUCUGCGCAGGAGAUUGCACUUGCUGCACACUCAUGCCCGCGUCGCAAGUAGAUGCAGCAAGCAGCUCUUGGUGUUUCUCCUGUCAAAUGUUCCUUGACUUGGAGACGAUUUCCCUGCUUUGGCAUUUUUCCACGCAACUUAAGCGCUUUGUCGGUUCGGCGUAAGGAUUGGCCUACAGUAAGCAUAGUUUUUGGUAACAUUACCAGCUUCGUUUUGAAGCGAUGUUGACGCAAAGCUUUUGUCGCGAUCAACGGGUGGUCAGAGGACAUCACCCACUAAUAUCUUCACGUCCUCAUGUAUAAUACUAGGCCUAUAGGCUCAGGGGGGAUAUAUACAAUCAGGGAGCGUUUUUCACGG